AUGGUGUCACAUCUACGCCGCCCUCAUCCUUGCUCUCUGCACUGUUGUAUGCAGAAAAUUCCCGAUACCGUCCGGGACUCGGACGCGGGCUCCGGCCUGCUAGCAAUGAGCGCGUUGAUCUGGGUUGUGAGGCGGUUCCAGCGCCUGACCGGCGACCUCCGUCGCAUUGCCACCAGCAUGGACAAGCCCACCGUCUCGGGGUUGAAGGCGCUGCGGAACGAGAUGGUAGCCCUCAUCAAGAAGCAAGUCCCGCUCAUACGGUCGGGGAAAACCGUUGUUGCUGCCGACGCCUGUGACGACGACGGCGAGGAAGUCCAUUCUGCAUCCGUACCAGUAGGGGUCGCCCCGAACGUCGCUGAUGCGCGUGGCAAGUCGGGAGUCGGCGUCGACGAGGCCGAUGCGGCCGCAGGAAAGGGGGUGACCGGGACCGAGGUUGUUCACGGGGAUGAUGAUGGGGUCCAGGAUCGCGAGGAGGAACGUGAGGGUGAGGGGGGCUCGGAGGAGUCGUCGGGGUCGAUGUCGGGGUCGAGGUCGGGGUCGGGAUCGGGCUCGGAGUCGGAGUCGGAGGAGGAGCAGGAGCAGGAGACGCAGGAGCACGAGAGGCAGCACCAGGAGGAGCAGUUGGUAGAGGUGGAGGACGUGGAAAUGGCGGAGGGGUACGUUGUCAGAGGAGCGGAGGGGUACGUUGUCGGAGGAGCGGAGGGGUACGUUGUCGGAGGAGCGGAGGAAACGGGUGGGAGAUCGGCGGAUGUCGAGAACGACGAAGGGGAGGGGAAGGGUGCGACAGCGAAUAUCGGCGAGGUCGGCGUGGAGGCGGCUCACGGAGGUGGUGGCAUGGUCGAGGUCGGUGAAGGGGAUAACGCCGCGGUCCCGGAGCAGAGGGGCGUGGAUGUGCAUACCGAUGCCACCGCGGAGAAGGCCGGCGGGGAGCGGUCUAGGAGGAAGAAGGCGGCGAGCGGUCAUCCCGGUUCCACCGCGGCUGGGCGGCAGGCGCGGCUGGACGUCGUCGAUCAGCUGAGGGCGGAGAACAGGCGAUUGCGUGCAGACAAUGCACUCCUUGAACGGCGGCUCGGUGAGCAGACGGGGCGGGUCGACAGCUUGGCGGCGGCAUUAGCUGGGCUCCUCGAGAAGGUGAAGGGUUUGACCGCCCAGGUCGCCAACACCGACCGGAAAUCGGAGGAGCGCCUCAAAGAGGCCACGUCGACCAUGGCGAUCACAAUCACCGAGGGCCUCACCGACAACAUGGACAGCGCCAUUCAAUCGGCCAAGUCCUUCGCCGAGCUAGCGAGGCAGACGCUGCUGGAUCUUGACGACCCCAAGGGUCGAGCGGCGGUCGCACGCGCGACCGCGGUGAAGACAGUGACCGAGCACGUGACGGCGGAGGUGGGCGAGGCGAGGAAGGGGUUGGAGGAGUCGUUCAUCAAAUGCAUCGGCGCCGCGCAGACCAACAUUGCCGCCGCCGUCGCGCACCGCCUAGUCCAGCCGCCGCCGCCUACCGGCCCAGCGCAGGCCUUGCCGGAAGAUUUCCUGAAGUCUUUCAAGGAGGACGUGCUGAAGGCGGUGACGGAGACCACGCAGCAGUCCUUCCUCGCCUCCGGACUGAAGAUAAUGGCCGAGGUCGUCGGCACGGUGGCGUAUGCUCGGCGUGGGUCGUCGCCGUCGGCAAACGACGCCGGCCAAGCGCAACCUACGGAGGGCUUGAAGCUGGGUCACAAGAGGCGGGGAGGCGGCGGGGGGGGCGACGGGGACAAUUCGGCGAACACGAAGAGGAGCAAGGGAGGCGGGGGGUCUGGCGGCGGGGGGGGGGACGGAGACGAUUCGGCGGGCGCGAGGCGGACCAAGGGAGCGGCUGGUUCUCGCGUCGCCGGCGAUGGGAGCAUGGGAGCCGGCGACGGCAGUUCGUUGAAGCAGUCGGGGAAGAGCGUGGUCGACAUCCUCAGGAAGCACUGGGCUCAGGUUGGAGCGGCCAGCACGGGCCAUGGUGGUGGGGGUCCCGCCGACGAGCAUGCCACUGAUGACGCACUGCCAAUGGCUCCGCCUUCGGUCGGCGUUAAGCCACCACGACAGGGUAGCGGUGUGAAAGGCCUGGGCGACAAGGAGAAGGCCGCCGCCAAAACGGCCCCAGGCGGGUCCGCGAAAGCUGGCCAGGGCCCAAAGACAGGGGUUGAGGAGGCGUCAGCGGUUCCUCACCAGUCUCCCGCGGGUGCACGCCAUCCGACCGGACCGUCUGCCGGGCGACCUACCGACGUCCCGCGCCAUGCCGACGUACCGUCUGCCGACAAGGUUGGCCGCGCGGGAAAAGGGGCGGCAGUUGCGGACGCGCUCAAGGAGCAGCUCAGGCUCCUAGCCGGCCACAGGGCUGUUCAACAGGCCCCCCCUGCUGUCGACGUCCCAUCGGCCAGUGGGCCACGUGUAGUGCCGGUCGUCGCCGCCCGUACUCCUGCAGACCCAAAGUCCGCGUUGUUGCGCGCCCAGCUGGGCGCACUAGCGUCGACUGAGAGGACUCAGCAGGCUUCUGGCUCUGGCUCUAAGCCGUCGUCGGCGAAUGUCGCACCACCCACCCAUGUGGCAGCUGAUGUGGAGAAGGCGGCGGAGAAGGGCGUUCGUGCCGCGCUUGCCACCGGCGGCGGCGCCGUUGAGGAGGUCCCCGCAGACGCUGAUAUCGCUGCCAUACAGGCCCAUCUGGAUGCAGCCAAUCCCCGAACCCUGGCCAUCUCCGACACGGAACAUAGGAAGACGCGGGAGAAGUCGGAGGUGAAGGCGGCGGAUAAACAGAAGAGGAUGGCGGCGGAGACGGCGGCGGACAAAGAUCGAGGCGGCAUUGGGGAGGUUGAAGGGAAAGGGGAGAAUCAGAAGUCGCCCGGCGAGGGUACGUCGACGGGGAGGAAGGGGAAGGACAAGUCGGUCGGAGAAGGUGCGUCGACCGGGAGAAAGGGGAAGGAGAAGGCGGUCGGCGAGGGUUCCUCGAAGGGGAGAAAGGGAAAGAGGAAGGCGGAGGAGGAGGAUGAGGAUGUCGAGGAGGUGGAGGAGGUCGAGCAGGAGGAAGAGGAGGAGGAGGAGGAGGAGGAGGAGGAGGAGGAGGAGGAGGAGGAGGAGGAGGAGGAGGAGGAGGAGGAGGAGGAGGGGAAGGGCAAGGAGAGGAGGGGUCAUGGCAUCCGACACGAUACCUCGGGCGACAAGCAAGGGUGGGUCGGCGAGAUUAAGGUGCACGGCAUCAAUCGAUACAUCGGCAAGUCGCGGGACAAGAUGGAGCUCGCGUACGUUCACUCCAUCGCGUACGUCGUCUACGACGGUUUCGUGAGCAAGGUGCUCAUGACCGAGCUCACCGGCUUGGACAGCGCCGAAUUGGAGAGGUGGAAGGAGGUGUGGGAUGAGGUCAGGAUCUUGCCGACAGGGAUGUGGACGGUGAUGUGGGCCCGGGGUACGCUCCUUCCAAAGACACGGCUGACGGAGAUCCUCGACGCGUAUCGCCAUUACAAGUCCACAGGCGAUUGUCUCCACGCCGCGCUCCUGCCAGCGAUAUGGUACCCAGUCGAUGCUAGCACCGAGGAAGGCCGGGAGAAGUCGGCGUCCAUGAUGUCGGCGAUGAUAGGCCGCGUGUCAAUGUGCGCUGCAUAUGGGAAGACCGCUGCGGCAGCGGCGAAGAAGGAGGGAGACAAGGAGGAGAAGACGGAUAUGGCGGCAUGGGCGUUAGCAGCAUCCGCAUGCGCUGUGUGGUGCUUCGUCGAGAACGGCGAUGCCCAGCUGGCGGAUGCUGUGGAAGAAGGGAAGUCGGCGGCGAUCAUCGGCGGAGCGAGCCAGGCGACCGCCGAUGUAUUCGGAAAAGUCAUGGAGGCGGUGCUGAAAGCCGAGAUGAACAGGGACCGCCCCUUGGGAGAGGUUGCCUACAACGUCGCGCCAGCACUCCAGAGGACCGCCCUUGAUACGGUAUAUCCGGGGGGGAAUGCUGGAGUAGAUGCCGACGUUAUCGCUAGAGCGACGGUUGAGACGAUGGCGUUUUGGGGAAUGUGCCCCGUCGCCGGGCCGAAACUAAGAGCGAGGGACAUCGCGGUGCCGAUUGACGCGCAGAUGAAGGCCGAUCUUGACAACAGGGGGAGGAAGGGUUUGAGGGGCAAGAAGGGGACGAAGACCAAGGGCGGCACGGAGAAGGUCAAGAAGUCGAAGAAGGACAGCACGACGGCCUAG